UUUUAUCCCAGCAGUAUGCCUCUCAGUUACUGCUGAGGAAACGUCGAGCAAAUUCUUUCAUGGAAGAAAGUAAGAAGGGAAAUCUAGAAAGAGAAUGCAUUGAAGAAUUAUGCAAUAAGGAAGAAGCCAGGGAAGUCUUUGAAAAUAAUCCAGAAACUGAGUAUUUUUAUCCCAAAUACUUAAGCUGCCUUGCCUCCCAUCGAGCAGGAGUGUUCAGGGUUACUGCAGUUACUCCAGAUUCUCCAGCUGACCUGAGGGCUUGUGUCAAAGAAAUUUCAAACCAGUGCAGCCCACUGCCGUGCCAUAAAGAUGGAUAUAAGGAAUGCAUAGAUGGACAAGCCAAAUAUACAUGUGUCUGUAAAGCAGGAUGGCAAGGAGUGAACUGUGAAGAAGAUAUAAAUGAAUGUGAAGACUUAAAUGGAGGUUGUAGCCAACGCUGUUCCAAUUUACCUGGAAGCUACCGUUGUUUAUGUGAAGAUGGCUACUUCAUGCAUUCCAACAAACGGGAUUGUGGAGAUAUAAAUGAAUGUGUGCUAUAUCCAAACAUCUGUGGGACAGCCACCUGUAAAAACACCCUGGGGAAAUAUGAAUGUGAAUGUGCAGAAGGUUACACAUAUAAUUCAACUUCCAAAAACUGUGAAGAUAUUGAUGAAUGUGCUGAAAAUGUUUGUGCUCAACUCUGUGUAAACUCUCCAGGAAGUUAUAGCUGCUAUUGUGAUGGCAAGAAGGGGUUCAAGCUCUCUAAGGACAUGAAGAGUUGUGAGUCCGUGACUACGUGUAUCCCACUGGACCUUGAAAAGAAUUAUGAACUGCUUUACCUGGCAGAGCAAUUUAUAGGAAUUCCCGUUGUCUACUUAAAGUUUAAAUUGCCAAAUGUCACAAGAUUUACAGCAGAAUUUGAUUUCCGGACAUAUGAUGCAGAGGGUGUUAUACUAUAUGCAGAAUCCCUUGACAAUGCAGCAUGGAUCUUGCUUGCUCUUCGUGAUGGAAAGAUUGAAAUUCAAUUCAAGAAUGAAUUUGGAACAAAAGUCACCAGUGGAGGCAAAGCCAUUAAUGAUGGACUGUGGCAUAUAGUAAGCUGA